CUAUUGAAUGGUGGCCAUUAAUCCGGUGCAGUAUGUGGUUGGUCGCGGUCGUGUUGCUGGUGUUCAACAGUCUGUUGGCGGAACAGCUGCCCUGGUGGAGCAACGCGGUCUACUACAGGAUUCUCGUGGACUCCUUCAAGGACUCCGAUGGAGAUGGCCUGGGCGAUGUCCAAGGAGCAAUCAAACAGCUAAGUUAUGUGCGUGCGUUGGGCGCUGAUGCAGUCGUACUGUCGCCAAUAUUCGCCAAGAGUACCGACUGUGCCUCUCCUGGCACGGUGGACUUUACUGACAUCGAUGCGAGAUACGGAACCCUCAGCCAGUUCAAUAAGCUGGUGGAGAAAGCUAAGAAGCUGGAUCUCAAGCUUCUUAUAACGCUGCCUCUACAGACUAUCAGUUCAAGUUCCGAGCUGUUCAAUUUUAGCGCUGAGCGUAGACCUGGAUACGAAGAUAAGCUUGUUUGGAGAGAUGGGAAGGAGGACAAGCCACCGGCGGCUGAAGAAGGAGUAGACCAAUGGAUUUGGCAUGAAGAAAGGGCUGCUUACUUCGGUAUUACCACCAACAAUGAGGCACUGUUAAACCUAUGUUCCGAUGCCUUAAUCGCCAUGUUCUCAGAUGUCCAAUGCUCUUGGUUGAAGCGAGGGUUGGCAGGAGUGGUCCUGAACCCUGACUUCGUGUUAGACUAUAACUGUGGUGUGCAGUUAGUCAAGAAACUGACCACUGCAGCUGUGGGCUGUGCUCGAAAUGCUAAUAUGGAUCCGCCGAUAAUACUAGUUGAGACCGCGCUGGGACCGGACAUCGGUGCUAAAUACUACGGGGAAGGAAGUCCAGGAGCCAAUAACGUGAUAAGUUAUGCUCUCGCCGCGACACAGAGGCGAGCGGCGCCGAACUUAGGACUAGACUUGCACGCUUCGAUGUUGUACCCACCGCAAGAUAUGGCCCCUACUUGGACCACCAGUAUAACCAACCAAAGUCGUAUAGCAACACGUUAUGGCAACGAAAUGGUGGACGCAAUACUUCUGCUAGCCCUAACCCUGCCCGGGGCUGCUCUGAUCCAACAAGGAGACGAGUUAGGGGCAGCAGACACCAUCUUGGAAUGGGCAGAUAGUACCCAAUGUUGGCCCACACAACGCCACGCAUCAGCCGCUCCGUUUCCUUGGGACGACACUCCUACAGCCAGUUUCACGUCAGGGAAACCUUGGUUACCAUUGGCUACGAACUACAGAUAUGCCAAUGCAAAGACGGAGUAUGCCAAUGAUUUGAGCCAUGUUGGUGUGAUGAGGGUCGCGGCUGCCAUGAGGAAGUCUCCAGCUAUGGGACCACAUGUUGAGAUAAAUCGUUUUGGCGACGCAUUAUCAGUUUUGAGGUGGGGUGGAGCGGGAACUUUAUUGGUGGUUACAAACUUGGGCCCUGGACAAACUGAAGUUUAUCUAUCAAGGAUCCCAGGGCUACCCCAAGAGAUGACAGUAGCUGCCAGUUCUGGAGGAUCCAGUCUAUCUCCUGAAUCCCAUGUCAAUUUGGACAAACCCCUGAAGUUAGCAGCUGGAGAAUCCGCCCUUUUAGCUGGACCUUCUAGACAUUGUGGUGGACCGGGUCCGGUGGACAAAAUAACUAACAAGCUGUCAGAAGGAUGGCAGAAGAUUAACAAGUAUUUUGGCAACUUGUAGAAUGUAAAUCUAAUUUUUUUCAAUAAAUAAAAUUGAAGACGUGUC